CUCAGAGCAGGAGUACCUACACCGGAGCGAGUGCACUGUUUUUACCGAUAAAACCUCCCUGGACUGUAAACAAACGUUCGUUUCUCCUUAUUGAUGCUUGUUUGGGCGAUUUUGUUCAAAAAAUUAAGACCAAUGACGAGAAAAAGACGAGAAAACACACGAAGAAGAAUCGCACGCUUCUCCACGAGCUCUCGUUACGUUUGCUGAGGGCUCGUGCUUCCAGCCAGUCAGAGAUUAAAAGCCGCCAAUGAGCCAUUGUUUUGACAAGUAGCAGCUAUGGCUGCCCAUCGAAUCAUUCGAGUGAACAACAACUAUGUCCUCCCUCGCUGUAAGUCCGAGGGGACGCUCAUCGACCUCAGUGACGGAGUGGAUGGACCCAGUCUCAGUGAGGUUAAAGUGCCUACUCCCAGUGCCUUAAAGCUUGAGACUCAAGACCCUUUUGGAGCUGCACAGGAAGUGGUUGCUAUAAAGGAUUACUGCCCGAGCAGCUUUACCACGCUGAAGUUCUCCAAAGGAGAUCGCCUCUACGUGCUGGACACGUCGGGUGGAGAGUGGUGGUACGCCCACAAUAACACCGAAAUGGGAUACAUCCCAGCCGCAUACGUCCAACCGAUCAACUUCAAGAACUCUUCGCUAAGCGACAGUGGGAUGAUUGAUAGCAUUGGGGAAGGUUAUGAGGAUGGAUCAAGGGAGUUUGAAGUUCUUGGGGAGUGGAUGGAAGUGACUCAGAAGCCUUCUACAAUUUCUAACAACUCUUAUUUUUCUGUGAACCCCUUCGACUGCCCGUUAGAUCACAAAUCCAAAGCUCUAAGUGUGAGGAACUCAGCAGAUCUCAUCCUUUUUGAUUCUUUGGAGUCACAAUCAACUUGUUCUAACAAUGGUACAAACAUGAGGAAUGGGUUCAGCAGCUGCCAUAUUAAUAAUAUAAUCUCCACCUGCACAAACCAGGAGAGUACGCCCAACUUAAAGAGAGAUAAUCCAUUUUUUAAGAGUAAACGGUCUCACAGCUUGUCGGAACUAUCCAUCUUACAGGCACAAUCCAGUCCGACGGUAUCGUCAUCUGGAUUCUUUACAGGCCUUGCUGCUCCUUUACCAGAGCAGUUUCAGAGCAGAGAGGACUUCAGGACUGCUUGGCUGAACCACAGAAAACUAGCUCGAUCUUGCCAUGACCUGGACUCUUUGGGUCAGAGUCCUGGAUGGGGCCAGACUCAACCAGUGGAGACCAAUAUAGUGUGCAGGUUGGACAGUAAUGGAGGGGUUGUUCAGCUUCCAGACACUCACAUCAGCGUACACAUUCCCGAAGGCCACGUAAGCCAUGGAGACUACCAGCAGAUUUCUAUGAAAGCCUUACUGGACCCCCCUUUAGAGCUCAACAAUAAGCACUGCUCCACGGUAAGCCCUGUGGUGGAGAUCAAGCUCAGUAACAUGGAGACAAAGUCAUUCAUAACGCUGGAGAUAAACGUAUCAGUAUCUGUGAAGAAGGAGAGUUGUCACGUUGCAGAGGUGCUUUGCGUUCGAGGUGAUUGCAAGGAAGGACCUUACACCCCCAUACCCAAUGCUUACAUUUACAAGGAUACGGUCCAGGUUCAGUUGGACAGUCUAGAACCUUGCAUGUAUGUUGCUGUUGUGGUUCAGUUGCAGUACAUCAACCACAACACAAAUGUUUGGGACCAUAUGCAGAGAAAAGUUACUCUGGGUCUGUACGGACCUAAACAUAUACACCCUUCAUUCAAGACAGUUGUAGCCAUGUUUGGGCAUGACUGCGCACCAAAAACCUUGUUGGUGAACGAAGUGAUACGACACGCAACCUCAACUCCCCCAGUGGCCCUUCAGCUUUGGGGGAAGCACCAGUUUGUGUUGACAUUCCCUCAGGACCUACAAAUCGGAUUGUAUUCCAACAUGUCCAACUACCAGGUGAGAGCGAGUGAUGGUGCUGGAAUAAUUCGGGGAUUUCAGAUAAAACUGGGGAAAGUGAGCAGACUCCUUUUUAUGAUCACGUCACAUGAUCCCAGCAGCAUCUCAGACUUCACUCUCAGGGUCCAGGUCAAAGAUUCUCUCGAUUGUAUCCUCACCCAGUUCUGCGUCCAAACCCCACAGUUGCCACCAAAAACCGGAGCAAGGAUUACAGGCCAGAGGAGGUUUUUAAAAAAGAAAGAAGUUGAUAAGAUCGUACUGUCGCCGCUGGCUGUUACCUCAAAAUAUCCAAAGUUCAAGGAUUGUUGCAUUACCAACGUGAAAUUCGGCAAACUACUUAAAACUGUUAUAAGGCAGCACAAGAAUAACUAUUUGUUGGAAUAUAAAAAGGGGGACAUUGUUGCUUUGCUUAGUGAGGAGAAAAUCAAACUCCGGGGUCAGCUGCGAACAAAAGAGUGGUACAUUGGAUACUAUCAGGGAAAGAUGGGGCUCGUUCAUGCCAAGAAUGUUUUGGUUCUUGGUAAGGUCAAACCCAUUUACUGGUGUGGCCCAGAUCUAACCACCACGGCACUGCUGGAGCAGAUCCUGAAGCCCUGCAAGUUUCUUACAUACAUCUACGCAACCGUUAGGACAGUUUUAAUGGAGAACGUAAGCAGCUGGAGGGCGUUUGCAGAUGCCCUCGGAUAUGGGAAUCUGCCGCUGGAUUACUUUUGUCGGACUGAACUGGACAACGAACCAGAGAAAGUGGCGUCAGUUCUGGAGAAGUUGAAGGAAGAGUGUACCAAUCUGGAAAACAAGGAGAGAAAGUCCUUUCAACGGGAACUCAUGUUGGCUCUGCUGAAAAUGGACUGCCAGGGUCUCGUUGCUAAUUUAGUGCUGGACUUUGUUCUGCUGACCACGGCUGUGGAGGUGGCGUCGAGGUGGAGGGAGCUGGCUGAGAAACUGGCCCGAGUGUCCAGGCAGCAGAUGGAGGCUUACGAGGCACCGCAUCGCGACAAGAACGGCGUCCUGGACAACGAGUCCAUGUGGAAACCAGCCUACGAUUUUCUGCUGACGUGGGCCGCCCAUGUUGGGGACAGCUACCGAGACGUGAUCCAGGAGCUCCACCUCGGCCUGGACAAAAUGAGGAACCCCAUCACUAAGAGGUGGAAACACCUGACAGGCGCACUCGUUCUCGUGAACUGCCUCGACACGCUCCGCAGCGCUGCUUUCUGCCCCGCUGGUUCUGGAGAUUUUGCCAUUUGAACGUUUUGUUCCACAUGGAAACUGUUUUUAAUUCCUCGAAUGACGGAGGAAGUUGCUGAAACUCAAAAGAUUGAUUUUUAUUUAAAGAUUGAUUUUUAUUUAAAGAUUUGUUUUUACUAGGGAUGCACAGUAUUGUCAGC